AUGGGGAAUUUCAAGGAUCUCCCAGCAGACAUUGCACUAGACAUUAUAACACGUCUACCGGCUGAAUCGAUUCUAGACUGCAAAUUAGUGUGCAGAAAAUGGAGAAAUCUUGUUUCAUAUCAUCCAUCGAUCUCUAAAUUGCAUCUAACUCAUAUUCUUAACCACUCCAAUGAAUCUGAAGGUAAGUUAAGUUUUCUUGUUAUGGAUAGGAAUAAAAAAUUUCAUUAUUUUGAAUAUAAUGAGAGUAGUCAUGAUGAGAAACCACCUACUCACAGUAUCAGAAGAUUCGAUUUAACCCCUCCAUUUACAUCUUUUCCUGUUUACUAUGAGGUUCUAGGCUCGUUUAAUGGUUUAGUAUGUCUAUAUGGACACCAAGAUUGUACUGCUUGUAUUUUUAACCCUGUCACUAAAAAAUAUGUGACGCUUCCAAGCAUUAUGAGAAAUUGUAAUGAUGAUGCUCCCAAGAUUAUCCAUUGUUCAAGCGGAUUUGGUUACCUCCCUUCGACCAAUGAUUAUAAAUUUGUUGAAAUGUAUAAAUUAAGGAUAGACCUGGAGAUUUUUGAGGUCGAUGUGUAUACUCUUGGCAGUGGCAAUGGGUGGAGUACAGUUGGGAGGUUUGACACUAAAUUUGCCAAAGUUUAUAACGGAGUUGGUGAAUUUGUGAAUGGAGCCCUGCAUUGGAGAAGAACUGAAAGAAGCGGAGUUGUGGAUUUUGAUAUGACUGAGGAGAAGUUUCAUGAACAUAUUUCAUCACCUCCUUUUCUAGAAAAUAUUUGGUAUGAUUGUACUAUUGGGGAGUUGGAUGGUGUUUUAUAUUAUUCUAUCAGAUAUCAUUAUAGUGAAAUCUCUGACAUAUGGCUGCUGAAAGAGAAGAACGAUCAACGUGACAUGAAACAGCAGGCGAAGCACGAGCUGUUGGGUUGGAGUAAAGAGUAUAGUCUUCCUGAUAGUAAAAAACCAUUGGCCUUAACCAAGAGUGGUGGUGUUUUAUGUUUCAAUCAUAGCUCUCUCGGUAUUUACGACGCAAUAGCUUCAACCUCGAAAGAGCUUCGGGAAUUUAGUGGAAUUUCUCAAAUAUUCCCUCACAAGAACACCUUAAUAUCAUUGAAAGAAUUAGGAGAAGAAUAUAUAAAAGUAAUGGCUACACUACUACUACUAGUACUAGUUGAGAUUCAAGAUUCAUAA